GGUAAACAUCUGUUGGGCGAUGUGAUAACAAUUUCAUUAAUUUUUACCCGACACAUUUUGAUUGCUAAUAAACUGCAAUUUCUGAAUAGAAAUACAAACAAUUAUUGACAGACAGAGAUGUCCAUGCUGCCAAAUGCCACAGAGCAGCCCGCAGAGGCGGCCAAGCCACGCCUCUUUGACAACGCGGAUCUCGACAAGAUGGCCAUGCAGUUUGUCGGGGAUAUGCACAGGUACCGCGAGAACGUGAUAAUACCCAGAAACAUGGGGCCGGUGAAGAUCAAGACGAACGAGGAGAAGCUUAUCGAGACGGCGGUGGAGAGCUGCGGCUUCAAAUGUGCAAUGGCAUGUGUGAUGGGAUAUGGUCUUGGCGCUGCCCUUGGACUGUUCAGUGCCUCCGUUAAUCCCAGCAUGGCUGAUCCCUUUGCGAACGAGAAGAAACAAACUGCACGCGAGGUGUUCCGGGAGAUGCGCGCCACAACGCAUUCCUAUGCCAAGAAUUUCGCGCUCAUUGGUGCCGUCUUCUCCGUUGUCGAGUGCACAAUUGAGAGUAAACGUGGCGUCACUGACUGGAAAAAUGGCACCUACGCGGGCGGCAUCACCGGCGGACUGAUUGGCCUGCGUGCCGGCAUCAAGGCAGGCGUCAUUGGCGGCCUCGGCUUUGCGGCAUUCUCCACGGCGAUUGACUACUACAUGCAUUCUAGAUAGGCUUCCCUUUUAUCG